AUGUUCUUCAAAAUCAUUGCUGCCGCCGCGUCGGCCCUUGCUUGCCUGUCUGCUGCUGCUGCAGCUCCUGUCCACAGCCGCGCCUCGUCUUCGGCCGUGAUUGAAGGAAGCUACAUCGUCAGGCUGAAGGAGAAUGUUGCUACCGACACCCACAUGUCCUGGGUCAGAGGUAUCCACGCCAGAAGCAAUGGCAAGAAUGACCCUGCCGGCGUCGAGCGCGAGUACAACGGCCCGGCGUUCCGGGGCUAUGCCGGCCGUUUUGACGAGCAGACAGUAGAAGAGAGCAGUAGCGCCGAGGCAUGUCGCCAUAGCGUGCUGCGUGCGGCUUGCGAUAUAAGGUCAACUUGGAGACCAUUUGGCAUGGCUCGGCUUGCCGUGUCUCGCAGCCGUCCAAGGACGAGCUGGUGGAAGUGA